AUGCGACACUUGCAAGUUAUGUUGACGAUUUUGAUCAUCUGCCUGUGUUCUUUUUUGAGCAUGGCAGAUGGCUCAGGUUCGAGUAUCAGCAUCAACGUUCUUACUCUUACGUCGUAUACUACCGUCUCGCCCACUCCUAUUGUCGUAACAUCCUCAGAAUUUGUGACUCCAGCUGACCAGAUUCCUGUCACCUUGACUUCUGCACUGGUAGUUAUUUAUACCGUCUAUCCAGAAAAUGAGUCUCCAAUAAGAGGAACUGCAACUGAAUUUGCAUACCCUACAUACCUUCCAUCGAUUGCUGCAACUGUUGCAACAUUAUCAACCAGCACUACGAGCCUUCCCAUCCCACAGACAACUGAUAGCUCAGACACUAUUGAGACUGAUAGCUCAAGUACUGUCGAAUCUAGUAGCUCGAACAAUGUUGACAAAAGCACUGGGCCAACAGCAUCUUCCACUCGAUCGGCGACUUCGACAAGUAAGCCAAGUAUUGCACCGACCUCUUCCAAAAUAUCAUCAUCGGCAAUAGCAACUGGCACAUUGGUAUCAACUCCGCCAAACAACAAUUCCCAUAAGUCGGUUCCAAUUGUGGCAAUUAUAGUGCCUGCUAUCGUCGGCGCCAUCCUCGCUAUCGCUGCACUUGGUUUGCUUGCAUGGUGGUUACGCCGAAGAAAUUUGAAGAAGAAAGGCAAUAACGCGUCGAACUCCAUGGCAUUAAGACAAGGAAAUAUUUAUGAUGGUAAUAGCCAAUGCUUAAACACAGGAAAUAGGGUUUCAUGCCAAGUAGGAAAUUCACGACAGGAUUGUUUAAGUGUCUUAGAUACCUUGGGCUUGACGGACAAAAAGUUGUGGCCAUCUUGGCCUUUCGGCGACAAGAUGACCUUGGGCACUGGUGCUAUCAAGCAAGCUAUGAUGGGAGCUGCAGUACCAGUUUCAUCAACACCAUCACGACCGGUAAGAUCUUAUGAGCAUGAGUUGCAGUUCAUCACCAGUCCUAGGCCAGCAGAACUUCCAGGCGAUCCAACAUUAUCUGAGAAUGAAGAUUCAACAGUACACCAACAUCAACCCCUGAAUGACACAUCUAUGGCUCCGCCAAUCCCACCAAAGUCUCCAGAUAGGGACCUGAAGCUGUAUGGAAGAAAUGCCACUGGAAAUGCUUCACCUGGAUUGGAACUUUCAAAUGUCAAAAAGAGCAUUGAUGAUUCAUCAUUGCCACGGUGGUUCAAUUUUGACGGUCAUCUGUCAAACCAAAGUUCUGAACUACACGGAGCAGUCGCAUCCCCUUCUACGCCAACUACAGCAUGGCCGCAUGGCAUUAACUCGCAAGUUCUCGCGCCCGCGCUUCCUCAGGUUCAAAAUGACUCGGUUACAACACCAGCAAAGGCAUGGGUCGAACCACCAUCACGAUUCUCUACUCCCUCAAACAGCUCUACCUCGCCCAAUGCAACUUCAAAUGACAGCAUCGAUAACAGUCCAAAGCAAUGGAUCGAACCAACCUCUAGUGCCACAACUGGAACAAGAAGUCGUGCGCACAAUGCUAUCCCACCUUCCCCGGUAGAAGCUGAUACUCUGCGUACGGUCGCGGAACGCGACAACACCUUGGCAAUGCUAGAGGGCCGUCAAACAGCCCAUGUAACUGGAAGCAUCUCUGGCAUCUUUGGUGGAAACGAACAACUGAGACAAUACAAUGAAUCCGUGAAGAGAGCUAGACAAAGAAGCAUUGGUAGAGGAAGAGAGCUCCAAAGCAGGUUUCCGUUUGCGAGAGCACCUGUACCAGGCACAGUAACAGAUGCUAACCACAACGUCUCUUACACUACAACAGCUGCGGGAACUUCAAUCCAACGGGUUGACAAAGACAAUAGUUUUGGAGGAUGGAUGUAA